UUUGGAAUAUUCGAUAAUAUCACUUUGAUCUUUUCCCUUCAAACUAUCCAAGCCCAGCUCCCUGUUACUUUUGCCUGAAACAUUUAGGGAGUUUCUUUGGGGGAAGACAGACGUUUGCGCAGCUCGAAUCCUCCAGAGGUCACCCCGGCCCGUUGCUCGUCCAACCUCUCCUCUUUUUACCCACUUUGGCUCACUAAACACGGACCAACAUUGACUACAGUCAGCUUUGGUUCAAGACAAGCCCCGUUACAGUCCCUUUCCCAACUGCUUUCGCGUCUCCACAUUGUUUUCCGUUCUUGUUGUUCCUGGCUCGUCUCGCAGUUCCGCGACGCGGGGUGGUGUGAUUGGAAGUGCCACCCGCGACGAGGACCGCUUCUCUCCAAGGCAGUGGCCCUCGUCGGGAUCACUGUUUCGCCUGCCUCGAUACUUGCUGCUCCAAUGGUGUCGCAUUCAGAAUCCUCAGAGCGCACAUUGACUCUUCGCCGACCGCCCUCUAUUUCGUCAAGGGCCUCGAGCACGCGCAGACACCGAACGAGCCGUUCGCACCAUGGCAGUUCUUCCUACCAGCCACAGAAUGAAUUUCCCAUCUUCACGCAUUCUGGCGAUGUUGAAAUAUUGAUCAGUGUCGGCGCACAGGAGCAGCGUUAUUUACUACAUCGCUUGAUCCUCGCACAGUCUUCGGGCUUCUUCGAGGCUGGCACCAGCGAAGAAUGGUCUCGCGCGCAGGCAAAUGGUGCGAGUCAAGCGCAAGGCCUGGCCGUUAUAGGAGAGACUCCUUCUGCUGGACAAGGAGUCACACGGCCCGGGCCAUCCUCGCAUAGUAGAGAUGCCCAGCGCCCGCGAUGGAGAUAUGAGCUGGACGGUGGUAACAGGCCAGACGAGAUACCCAUGCUGGUACAGAAGAAUCCUUCCACCUCAAUAUUUGGAGGAGUCCACACUCCCCGGCCACCUCCCGUUCGUAACAAGCCUCCUGCACCACAGGCAGGCUUCUUUCGCUCAAUGGCCAACUUUUCCAGCAUCCAAAUUCCGACCAGCCGCCCUCCUGAUGACCCAGCCGAUGAUCUCCUACGCGACUAUGACAACAUGCUGCGUAUCUUUUACAAUUAUUCGCCAACGCUUGACAAUGUGAAUAUUGCCAACGCCUACGUUGAAUGCAAGAGCCUACUCGCACUCGCCGAUAUGUAUGAUGCCCUCGAGGUUGUUGGUCCUCGGAUUGACCACCAUCUGCUUCAAUUUCAAGGCCGGCUUUGGAAGCAAAUUGCAAAGUACCCGCCAAGCUAUCUCAAACUGGGUUAUUUGGCUCGAUCCCGCAUUAUCUUUGCAGAGGCGCUCAUUCACGUCGUGGGUCAAUGGCCAUCUGGAGCAAACCAGCUUCGCAAUCACCUUCCUGGAUCUAUGCUAGACCUCAUUGAAGACAAGGUCGAGGACCUUGAGGAUCUCAAAUGUAAGAUAGAAGGACGACUUUUUCGCCUCACCUUGACGACCGCAAAGGGCGAGCGCGUUACUCCGACAAAUUCCUACAUUGAUUGGUUGGCCGUCUCCCUAUUUCGCCAAUGGCUUGCCGAGAACACCUCGUCGGCGCUACCACCACCACCACCACCGCCGCCACGGAGCAUCGUGCGCGCUUCUCAGACUGGGUCCGCUGCCGAUUCCUACCAGGCUACCUCUCUACCCCGUGCUCCCCCUUCUGCUCUUCCCAUCAACACUGGUAGAAUUUACCGCUUGUUAGGCGUCGGCGGAUCGGCCUAUCUCGGUCAUGACGAGCUCAAGCGAUUUCUUAAGCUUCGACCGGAAGAUUAUACUCGGGACUCCCUCCGCAGGUUUGAGCGACGAAUGGAUGAGCUCAAAAGUAUGGCAAGGGAGAUUGUUCGACCUCUGAUGCGCAACUACCUCCAACUGGACCUUGGCAAGGACGGAAGUGGAAGCGGGAGCGGAGGCAGUCUAGGAUAUUUGACGUGCACACGAGUCGAAGAGCAGGAUUUCCUUUGGGAAGCCGACUAAAGCUGCCGGAGAGCCUUCAUUGAGAAUUCUUCUGGGAAUUUUUUUCCUUUUGCGUGGAAGUUCCGGUACAUUUAUGAUUUACGUCCGCAAGAUUCCUUUGACAUUGACGUUACACAGCAUAAUACCCCGAU